CAGCACAAACUUCCGGCAAUUUCGUGGCAUAAAAUGUUUGCCACCAAUAUCCGUUCGGUUGCCGUAGGAAUCGUAGGAAUCGUCGGUUUGCCGUGAGCUCGUCCUGUCCCUUUCGCGGAUCCUGAUCCCGCGUCCCUCACUCAUUUCCGGUGCAGGCGGUUGCGCCAUUUUACAUUUGCAAUUCGAAUCGAAUCGGCGCGCAAGGACCUUUCCUCUUUUUCCCUUUAGCCCCCCCCCCCCCUUUUUGCGUUGCAUAUGCAAGGGCUAAUUAGCAUGCUGCAUUUCCAGCAAUCAGAGUAGAGCGUCGCACAAUAGGAAUAAUAACGCGGAAUGGAAGAGGAUGUGUAUGCCUCGCUAGGUGCCUACAACGACAGCGGUGGCGAGGAUUGGAGCAGCUCGGAGCACCUGGUCCUCUGGGAGGACGAGGAGCAGCAGCAGCAGCAGCAGUCGGGUGCAAAUGCCAGCAGUCGGCAUAAUCAACUGCUGGUGGCCAGGUGGAAUAUCACCGGGAAUGUCACCUUCACCGCCUCCCCCGAGGACAUGCCCUUCGAUGCCAACAACUACUGGGCCCUGUUGGCCCUCGUCCUCGUCCUGGGAACGGCGGCCGGGAACAUCCUGGUCUGCCUGGCCAUCGCCUGGGAGCGCCGGCUGCAGAAUGUGACCAACUACUUCCUCAUGUCGCUGGCCAUCACCGAUCUGAUGGUCGCCGUUCUGGUCAUGCCGCUGGGCAUCCUUACCCUGGUGAAAGGAUACUUCCCGCGGUCGGAGCACUGCCUGACCUGGAUCUGCCUGGAUGUCCUUUUCUGCACGGCCAGCAUCAUGCACCUGUGCACCAUCUCCGUGGACCGUUAUUUAUCGCUACGCUACCCUAUGAGAUUUGGCCGGAAUAAAACACGUCGGAGGGUCACCCUUAAAAUUGUUUUCGUGUGGCUCCUGAGCAUCGCCAUGAGCUUGCCCCUCAGCUUGAUGUACUCGAAGAAUCACGCCUCGGUGCUGGUGAAUGGAACUUGCCAGAUACCGGAUCCGGUGUACAAGCUGGUCGGCUCCAUUGUGUGCUUCUACAUUCCGCUGGGCGUGAUGCUGCUGACAUAUUGCCUGACCGUCCGCCUUUUGGCCCGGCAGCGCCAGAACUUGGGUGGUGGCCAGCAGACGGCAGCGGCCACCCCCGGAUGGGCCAGUGGGUGGCUGGGGCAGGCUCCGGCCUUGGAACGGCGAUGCACCUGGCGCCGCCUACUGAAGCCGGGUCCGGGGAACGCCUCUUCGGUGCUGCACGCCCACUCAGCCAAUUCCACGGAUACGGAUCUUAGCACUUUGGACAACCACGAGCUUUGGCUGCCCGAUUCCAGCAUAAAGGAACCCACGCCCACAACAAUGACGGCUCUGCAUCAGUUUGGAGCCGAGAUGCUAAAGCUAUCCCGGGGCCUGGAAUCGGUGGCCUCGUCCUCCACAACCGGUUCGCCCACCAAGUCCGAAUUUUCCAUAUCGAACCACCUGCAGAUGCAGUUCCCCAGCAGUCCCCAGCGAUAUGCCGCCCACCUCCAGCAGUCCCACCAGCAACAGCACAACCACCAGCAGCAUCCGGGCAAUGUGUACCACCAGCAGGUGUCCCCCAAAGGUCGCCAGGGAACCACGGUCCUGGGGCUGUCCACCACCACGCUGGGGAUCGAGCGGGAGAGCACCCGGAAUCCUUGGCCAGCAGUCGCAUGGGCGGCGAGCAGAGCGACGGGACUCUCUCGCAACUUUCCCAAAGAUUGCGGGCGUACAAGAAGCGACGCAGGGCUUCGUCGGCGGUUCCAGGACAAGAACGGCGCUCCGGGCACGAGGACGCGGAUGAGGAUCUGGACACUCCCACGUCGACUCUGCGCCGGCACAAGCGUCACAACAGCCUGCCCAAGAACGCGCUCUAUCCGCGACACACCACCGUACAGGAGAGCCUCGAUGACGACGACGACGAUGAGGAGGAGGGGAGUUCGCGCCACAAGGAUCAGCAGGAUCAGAAGACCAAGGGCUGCCACUCGGACACCGGAGCUGGAUCCACCGCAGAAAGCAAAGCAGUGCCACAUAUCUGGACAGAAUCACCAAACGGACUACCUGCAGCUGCCCUCCGUCUGCACCUGUCCCUAUUUUGGAGACAGACCACUCCAGAAUUGUGUGAAAACGGCGGAGGUGAAGAUCAUUUCAUCAGCCUUCCGGGUGACACCAACUACCACGGCGGUGAGCAGUUCCCCUAGCGAAAUGGAGUUGCUCAUGUGCAGUGGUGGCAACAAGAAGGCCCUGACCUCCAGUGUGAGUGCUGGAAUGACAGGCGGAGGAUCGGCAGGCGGCGGAGGAGGACCCCCGGCUAUAGUCGGCUCCACACUCAGUCCACAUUCUGUCCACAAUCAGGGCAGUUCCCUGACGGUUCAGAGCGAUGGCAGUGGCUAUCUGGCGGCUCCAGGGACUCCCUGUCCUGGGAGACGAAAGUUGAGCAUCUCCAAGACCGCCUCGGUGGUCACUUGGGACUCCAGUCGUCAUCGCCGGCGGGGCAGCAGUUUUGGCGGGGUGCGGACAUCCCUGCUGCUCACGCCCACUAAGACAGCCACCGCCUCCAACUCGUCCACCCCCUUGAGAAGAUCGGCCACGCUGAGAAGUCACCAGAACAUGAACUACCAGGGAGAUUGUGGUGGCAAAACUAGGAACACCACAUCCUCGCCCUGUAUGCUUCAAAGACAGCAGACAGUGCGUUCCCAUCACUCGCGGAACUCCAGUGUGAUCUCCAGAAACUCCUCGCGCCACGGCAGGAUCAUCCGGCUGGAGCAGAAGGCCACCAAGGUGCUGGGCGUGGUUUUCUUCACCUUUGUGAUCCUGUGGUCACCCUUCUUCGUCCUCAAUCUUCUGCCCACCGUGUGUGCGGAAUGCGAAGAGCGGAUCAGUCAUUGGGUCUUCGAUGUGGUCACCUGGCUGGGCUAUGCCAGUUCCAUGGUCAAUCAUUUCUACACCAUCUUCAAUAAGGUGUUCCGGCAGGCGUAAAAGGUCCUGUUGUGCAGAUAUAGUACGAGUGCCUGGCGACCCAGUAGAUAGCAGACGCCCGUGAAGCCGGGGAAAUUGAAGACGAUUCCCAUGCCCCCCACAAGUGCGCCAGUGUGGAUUUCCAGGAUUCCACAGCCCCAGUGAGGGGGGUGCUCAAAAGAAGUGUGGCGGUGGCAAGUGACAUAUAAGUCGGUCAUUUCGCCUGCGGUCCACCGCACAACGUGUCGUAUACACAAUCUCAGAGGGAUGCCAAUGCCCACGCCACUUGCUCGCACGUGUGUUUCCUUGGGGCUUAAACGCUUAUGUGCCUCUAAUUAAUUUCAAAUUCAAUUUGCAUGCCAUUGAAAACACAUGGAUUGGAGUCCAGAAGACUCCCCAGUUCCCCCACAGGAUUGCCAAGGUUGUGGGAUUAAGUUGGCCGCAGACAACGGCAUAACGAGCUUGGUGCCCUCCUCCCUGUGGUUCCUCGGCAUAUUACGAUUUCCCCUGGCUUUCGGCAGACGGUGAGACUGCAAUUAAUUGCGGAAUGUUUGUUUUGCAAUAAUAUAAUCCUGGAAACCGCAUUAACUUUUGUGGAAAUGCUGUUUAGUGGUCGGUUAAACUCAAAUGCACAGACAUUUCAAACAAUUCCCAGGAAAUUCCAUUUCGAAUUUCGGAAACACACUAAGAACUCUCAAGAUUAUUAUUGUUUGAAUUAGGCAGUCGAUUAGACCCGAAAUCCCUGAAAUGAGCUCUUUAGACUGAGGUACAUUUCAAAGACUUGACUCAUCCUCUUUAUCCAGAUUCUUUUAAAGAAAUGGAUCUUUGUCAAACUCCAAACGAUAAACGCUAUUUUCUUCAGCACUUGUAAGUUGUUUACUCAAUUUAAGACGAAUUUUCCAAUGCUGUUUAGUGUUUAUAGAAAAAUCCUUUUAGACACUUAAAAGGAAUUCUAAAGCAUAUUAUAUUUCAAAAGAGGGUAUAUGUUACCAAUUCAUAAUAAGACCCCAAAUCCCUGAAAUGGGUUCCUUAAACUUUGCUAAAUUUAAAGAUUGUUUCACUUCUGUUUAAACAGAUACCUUAAAUUCUUGCCAAAAAACAAAUGUCACCGUGCCGAAGUUCAAUCGAUAAACGCUAUUUCGUUUGGCGUUUGGCAAUUAUGCAUUAAAUUUAUGGCAAAUUUCCUACCCGCAAAUGCACAAAGAAUUUCAUGGGGAUCCAUUAAAGUAGCCGACACGUACACAAAUCCACGGCAAUUUGUGACUUUUGUUGUUUGUUCGUGUGGCUGCCGCUGCUUUUGGCCUGGCAGAUUGCUAUUUUUAUUUGAAAAGUUCAUUCAUUUUGUUUUAUUUCUGUGGCCAAAUGAAAAAUUUCAGCUGGUCACGUAAGAAUUUGACGGUCAGGAUGUGAAUGUGCAUGUGGAUGUGGAUCACAAGGAUCCACCCAAGUGGUGGCCAGUAGGUAGUGGCCCGAGGCCCGAGGCCCAAGACGAUGGAAAAGUCGGAGCAGCUGGCUGAAGGACAUCAAACAACAAGGGGCCAACUGUAAUAACGAAAGCCGGAUGAAAGUUUCCAAUGUGCUGCCAAGUUUUAAAGCCCCAGAUGAGCGGUUCGGGUUGGUUGGGGGCAAAUGAUAGGUAAUGACGCCAUUAGUGGCAGCCACUCAAAGGCCCCCUCUCGAUGACACCUCACAAAACAGCCGGCAAAAUGUUGUAGUGCCAUUUUUGCUGACAAAUUUUUAGCGCCCCCCGAAAAUUCGCAGCACAGCAGGCGGCAAAUGCUGGAAAGACAGACAUAAGGAAACCCCCGUGGCACUUGGAAAUUUAUAGCAAUUUUAUCGCCGGCGGAAAUAUUUUUUCCACUUCAUUGAAUCCUUGGCGGGUUUGAGUCGGUUCGGUGGCAAAAAGUGUCGCACUCGGGGAACUUCAUUGAACUUUAAUGGCAGGCCGUCGGGCAAACAACAAAGGCCGUCAGAGACAGUCGUUGGGCCAGGUCCUAACCCACUUCCGUUUCCUCCAUCGACCUCUCCUUCCGCUGAUUCGGCAACAUAUGCUCGUUUUGGGGGCAAAGAAAAUAAAAAAAAACAGUGGGAAAUCCAUUACAGCAGCAAGUACCUUGCAAAAGUUUUAAAAGAGUGUAAAUAGUGGGUUAUCAGAAACUUUCUUAGAUUUCAUAACCAAAAUUGUUUACCUUCUUUGGUAAUUUCUUUAAAAGCCUCUUACAGAGCCAGAUCACAACCGAAAUUCUCAGCUACACUACUUUCCUGCGAGGACCAUAAACUAAAACUUUUCCAACUUGAUUUCUAUGAUUAAAAAGUUUUUCAAACUUUUAAAAUUACUAAAAGGCACAAAAACCCAAACAAUAGACAAGUUCUUGACAGUAGAAAAUACUCAACACAUCUAAAUCGAACCAUUGUCUGAAGCACAUAAAACCUAGAAAAAUUACACAAUAGCAUAAGUUUAAAACGAAUUUAAAACAAACUCACAGCAAACUAAAUAUAAAAGUUAUUGAUGUUUUGAUUGCUAAUAUUUACCUAUUAAGAAAUAGUAAACAUUGUACAUUGUAGUUUGAUCAUUGAUUUAUGGAGAAUAAAUCAAUAAAGGGGAGCAUUGUGACAAAACGCUUUUACCAGUAGUCCUAGCUAUAAGGAGUGGCACUUCGCCGUCGAAAACUCUGAACCUAAACUGAUCUAUGGAAUAAGUAACUCUUGUAAAUACCAGAAACCAACAAUAAUAACACCCUGGGGGCAAUCAACUUGUGUAUUAUCUGUGUGUUUAGCCUAAGGGAGUGAUUGGAGUCGAGGAACCCGUCAAGCCGUGUCCUGAUUAGAUUAGAUUGAUAGAUUGCAGCUUGAUCGGGUUGUUUUGUGAUUUGCGGACAGAUGGAACAUAUUUACGAUUGUAACACUAACUAUCAAACACCUCCAACGGACAAUGGGUAACUGAGAGCAUUUUCUAUGGGGUCAAACUUAAGGUUUCCACACUGCGAAACUAUCGAAUUUGUUAAAGAAUUUAGACAAGAAAACCCGAAACCAAGCUCAAGUUGCUUGUGCGUUUUACAUACACAUUUGGCCUAAGAAGCUGAAUUAAUCAAAAAUGCUUUCGCCGAGACAGAUAAGAAUAAAUUAUAAUUACAAAAAAGAAAGUAAAUAGCCCAAAGUGACAUAUCCCCAUAUAUAAGUGUGUAUUUUACGAUAGCCAUAGCGAAUCCUUCCUAACCUAAGUCAAAGACACUGAAACGUAGAUAAAAAAUAUGUGAAACAUAUUAGCUAUAAUGUAUUAUGAUUUGUACAAAUGUUUUCUGAUUGUAUUUGAUUUGUAUUAAAUGUGCAUUACAUAAA